CGGGAUCAAAGUAAUUCGCGCCAAAACCAAGUGACGAAAGCGGGUUAUGCAAAUGAGCCGAGGGGACGUUCAAGACGAACCGCGGCGUGGUGUUUAGUAGGGUUUGUGGAAGGUAAAGCAACUGAGAGAUAAUUUUUCUCCACUGUUGUUUUGUAGUUAUGUGAUAUUUUAUAGUUUUAAAAGCCUAAUGUCGAUGUUUCUUUGCUGUUCGAUCGAUUAAUCGAGUAGUCAAUCAACCGGAAUGAAUCGUCAUACAUACCCGAUAAAUCAUUUGAGGCUUUUUUUUCAAGCAAAACAUUUUUAUUAAAUGUUAAGAUUUACUGCUUUUAUAUAUUUAUAUGUUAUAUGUGACUGGGGUUUCAGUACUCGGCUGAAACGAGUAUCCGGUACAGAUGAUGUACAAAUAAGUAAAAUGUGUCAAUAAAUAAGCAUUUGUUAUUUUAAAAACUACGAAUACAGAUAAUACUAGUAGUCACUUAUCCCUAAUAUACUACUAUACACUAACAUUUAAAACCGUUUUAAUUUGUCAACUUGGGUUCAGCGACAUUGUUAGUCGCAUCCUUUGUAAUAAAAGCGUCCUGAAUUCCACAAAAUAUAGCAAAUUUCAGGAGAAUUACAGUAUAAUAAACCAGCUUUAUUGAAGGUUUUUAAAUCUCAAAAUCAGUGUUAGUGUUUGAUUCUUCUUCACUUCAUCCAGGUUCAAAAUAAUCCUAAAAUUAAGCUCUUCGGAGUAAAAACAGCAGGUUAUGGAAGAGUUUGUGGUUCGGGGACAGAAUAAACGCUCCCCAGCUAAUGAUGCAAGAAGUCCUCGGAAGAAGAUCAAACUGGAGAGGAUGAAGCAGGAGGAGGAAGAGGAGGAGGACGAGUUCUCUCAUCCUGUUCCCUGGCAGAAAAUAGAGGCCGAAGGACUAGACUGCGAUUACGCUCUGCUGUUCUCCAAAGAGGAGGCAGACCAUCUUCUUAAACAGCUGGAGGAGGAGGUGGUGUACUCAACAGGGGAAGAAGCAAAAGUUCAGAUAUUUGGAAAAGUGUACGAUAUACCGAGAAAGCAGGCGACGUACGGAGAUGCAGGUCUGACCUACACUUAUUCUGGGGUGGCGCGUUUGGCCUGUCCGUGGACUCCCACGUUGGAAUAUAUCCGGGACGCUGUCACAAAAGCGACCGGACAAACAUUUAACUUUGUCCUGGUCAACAGGUACAAAGAUGGUCGGGAUCACAUGGGGGAGCAUCGUGAUGACGAGAAGGAGCUGGACCCCCUCUGUCCCAUCGCCUCCGUCUCGCUGGGAGCACCACGAGACUUUGUCUUCCGUCACAGAGACACUCGGGGUAAACGGGACCGCCGGCAGAUCGAACCCGUGAAGCUGGAGCUCGCCCACGGGAGCCUGCUCCUCAUGAACUCGCCGACCAACACCUUCUGGUACCACGGCCUCCCCGUCCGCAAGAAGAUUUCCCUCCCUCGCGUCAACCUCACCUUCAGACGGAUCCUGCUGGACCAGAAGAAACGACCGAGUGUGGAUUCUCAACAAGGAACGUCUGAUUGAUGAGCACGUUUUAUAGUCUCACUGAUCUCAAGUUCAAACUUCAAACCACAACUUCAGCUACUUUCUGCAACUUUUACCAGGUUACGUUUUGUACAGUUGGCUGGUAAAGUUCCUGAAGAAAAAGGAUCAAUAAAAUCAACACUGAACAGUUCAGUGGAGCUAAAGAUGGAGCAUACCAUUUGUUCCCUCCCGAUACCUGAACUUUAUGUACCGGCCGAUAGGGAGUACCAAUAAACCUGUCGGAGUCAGGGUAGGGUGGGUCGUGACUUUGCUAUCCUUGGGGGGGUGGAAUAAUGUACUUUGGUAUCAGAUGGACGCACAGACUCGAGUACUCGCCAAUACCUGAGCUACAGUCUACAUAUAGCUUCUUGUGUUAAUCCAUUGUUGGCUGCGAAUGGUAAACCUGGUUGCUCUUUGAAGGGUUUUAAAAACUCUUUUGAGCAUCAAAGUUUAUUCUUAUAUUAUUAUUCUAUCUAAUAUUAGCCUGUUUAAAAAGAACAGCAUCAGCUUAAUAGCUUUUUCUGGAGCUUUCAACCCCAUCUCAAGGGCUUUAUCGGCUUCCAUAUAAAGAUUAUUUUGUCAGUCUCUGCAUUUGGUACAAUUGUUUUCACCUUUAAAUGAUGUAUUUUGGGCUGACCUAAUACGGGGGCUUCUUCUUUAGGAUAGUUUUGGGAGUUCAGUGUUCAAGUUGGAUCUGUUCAUUUUGUCUUAAGCUGUAGAUGUUCUCAUACUUUCUUGUAAAAAGCAAAAAAAUUGGGACAUGUUAGCAGGAUGAUUAAGGAUUUUUCCCUGUUGAAGGUACCACAAUAUAUCCACCACAAUAUAGUGUUUAAUUAAGUCAACACAAAUACACAGAGAUAAAGUAUGAGGUGUGUGUGUGUGCGUGUGUGUGUCACAGUCAUAUCCAGUGUGAUGACCCCUCCCAUUCUGGUUGUUGUUGUGUGUUUUCAUUUCUUCUGGCAGGGGUGUCCCUGGAUUAACUUGCUCCCUGACUGCUGGCCUGUAUAUGGAGCUCAACCUAAUUAUGUCUCUCUCCUCCCAACCAACAGGAUCUUUCAUGUUUACUUCGAAAUGUUUUUCACAUUAGCUUUCUCCCUGCACCCCACUAGGCCCAUAUCCACACACUCACUACAACACUGACAACACUAAUAUGUUUAUACUUUAUGUCUAGUUCAAAUAUUGGUUAAAUGGUUAAAAAUAAAAAAAACCUUAUUUA